AUGACAAAAUCCUACGAGUUCAACUGGCAGAAGCAUCUGCCAGAGUUCAUGCAAGAAGGUGCCUUCUUCGACAGGUUUGAUGAGGACCCAUACAUCUUUGAGCCCAACUGUCAGAUGAAGGUGGACGAGUAUGGCUUUUUCAUCACAUGGAAGAGUGAGGGAAAGGAGGGCCAGGUUCUCGAGUGUUCCCUCAUCAACAGUAUUCGUGUCGGUGCCGUCCCAAAGGACCCAAAGAUCUUGUCAUCAUUUGAGACCACUGGAAAGACGGAGGCAGACUUGGAGGGAUGCAUCAUCUGCAUCUGCAGCGGCACUGACCUGGUGAACCUGAGCUUCAUGUUCAUGGUGGCAGAAACCCCCGACAUAGCCAGGAAGUGGAUUGAGGGUUUAAGGUCGGUGAUCCACAACUUCAAGGCCAACAAUGUUUGUCCGAUGACAUGCCUGAAGAAACAUUGGAUGAGAAUGUGUUUCCUGACCAACGUUAAUGGGAAGAUCCCUGUGAGAGGUAUUACAAGAACGUUUGCAUCGGGGAAAACAGAAAAAGGGAUCUUUCAGGCUCUCAAGGAUCUCGGCCUUCCGAGUGGAAAAAAUGACGAGAUUGAACCAUCAAACUUCACAUUUGAUAUUUUUUAUGCCCUCACACAGAAGAUUUGUCCCCGUACAGAUAUAGAGGAUCUCUUUAAAAAAAUCAAUGGAAACAAAACUGAUUAUUUAACUGUAGACCAGUUAGUCAGCUUUCUGAAUGAAAACCAACGAGACCCCAGGUUAAAUGAGAUUCUGUUUCCGUUCUACGACCCCAAAAGAGCCACGCAGAUUGUUGAGAAAUAUGAAAGGGAUGAAGAGCUGAAGAAGAAAGGUCACAUGUCCAGUGACGGGUUCUGUCGCUACCUAAUGUCAGACGAAAAUGCUCCAGUGUUCCUGGACCGACUGGAACUGUACCAAGAAAUGGACCAGCCGCUGGCUCACUAUUUCAUCAGCUCCUCUCACAACACCUACCUGACAGGACGACAGUUUGGAGGGAAGUCGUCAGUAGAGAUGUAUCGCCAAGUCCUGCUGUCUGGAUGCAGAUGUGUGGAGCUGGACUGUUGGGACGGCAAAGGAGAGGACCAGGAACCCAUAAUUACUCAUGGCAAGGCCAUGUGCACAGACAUCCUGUUCAAGGACGUCAUCCAAGCUAUAAAAGAGACAGCCUUCGUCACAUCUGAAUAUCCUGUCAUUCUGUCAUUUGAAAAUCAUUGCAGUAAACUACAGCAGUACAAGAUGGCCAAAUACUGCGAGGAGAUCUUCGGUGACCUUCUCCUCAGACAACCUCUUGAAAACUACUCGCUUGAACCUGGGCGACCUUUACCUUCCCCAAAUGACCUCAAGAGGAAAAUCCUCAUCAAAAACAAACGUUUAAAACCGGAAGUUGAGCAGCGGCAGCUGGAGUCUUUGAAAAAGCACAUGGAGGCAGGUGAAACCAACACUCCUGCCAUCAUUAUGGGAGAGGAGGACGACACAGAGAACGUGAGUGUCGGAGAAAAGGAAGCUGAGGAAAAGGAUUUGAAUUCAGAGGCUCCCAGCAGUCUGUCAGAAGCAGCAAGUGAGAAAGAGACCAACAGUGUUUCCCAGAGUAACGCCGUCAGCUCCGGGAGAGAAGAAGAACGAAGUAACAGCAUCAAGAAGGUAGCUGAUGAUGAAAUGACAGAGAUGUCUGAAGCCACAGAUGCCACAGAUACCUCUGAGGCAUCGGAUCAAGACAAUAACAAGAAGGCUGGGGACGUAGCAGAGGACUCUGAGGAGGCUCUAAUAGCUUCUUACCAAUACGAGUCUGCCACCACCAACAUCCACCCGUAUCUCUCAGCCAUGGUCAACUAUGCACAGCCCAUCAAGUUCCAGGGUUUCGAUGUGGCGGAGGAAAAAAAUAUCCAUCAUAACAUGUCAUCCUUUAACGAGUCGGUUGGCCUGGGUUAUCUGAAGACUAAUGCCAUCGAGUUCGUCAACUACAACAAGCGUCAGAUGAGCCGUAUCUACCCCAAAGGAGGCAGGGUGGACUCCAGUAAUUACAUGCCUCAGAUCUUCUGGAACGCAGGCUGCCAGAUGGUCUCACUCAACUUCCAGACCCCAGAUCUGGCCAUGCAGUUGAACCAAGGAAAGUUCGAGUACAACGGCUCGUGCGGGUACCUGCUGAAACCGGACUUCAUGCGACGAUCAGACAGGACGUUUGACCCUUUCUCAGAGACGCCGGUGGAUGGCGUCAUUGCAGCAACCUGCAGUGUACAGGUUUUCUCAGGACAGUUUCUGUCUGACAAGAAAAUUGGCACAUAUGUUGAAGUCGACAUGUACGGACUGCCGACUGAUACCAUCAGGAAGGAGUUUCGCACACGUAUGGUGAUGAACAACGGGCUAAAUCCUGCCUACAAUGAGGAGCCCUUCGUUUUCAGAAAGGUAAUCUUACCGGACCUGGCAGUGCUACGCAUCGCCGUCUACGACGACAACAACAAACUGAUCGGGCAGCGCAUUCUGCCUCUGGACGGCCUGCAGGCUGGCUACCGGCACAUCUCCCUGAGGAACGAAGGCAACAAACCCCUGUCAUUACCCACCGUCUUCUGCCAAAUCAUCCUCAAGACCUACGUACCUGACGGCUUCGGAGCUAUCGUGGAUGCUUUAUCAGACCCAAAGAAGUUUUUGACCAUAGCAGAGAAGAGAGCUGACCAGAUGAAGGCCCUGGGGAUCGACACGAAUGACAUAGCAGAUGUUCCCAGUGGAAGCUCGAAGAACGACAAGAAGGGAAAAGGGAAAGGAGACACAAUGAAAGUCAGUGUGACACAACAAGCCAGCUCAGAAAUAGCUCAGACCUCCAACUCCAUCAACAACAACACAACAGAAAUCAAGAAGGAUACCGCACUUGUGCCUAAUGUUAGCAUUGAUGACCUAAAGCAAAUGAAGACCUAUCUUAAGCUGAUAAAGAAGCAACAGAAGGAGAUCAACACUUUAAAGAAGAAACACUCAAAGGAUCAAAAUUCAAUGCAGAAAGCUCACUGCACCCAGGUGGACAAGCUGGUGUCAAUGCACGAAAAGGAGAAGACGACGCUGGAGAAGCUCGUAGAGAAAGCCAUCAAGAAACGAGGUGAGAACAACUGCCAAGAGCUGAAAAAGGAGACGGAAGAUAAGAUCCAAAUGCUAGUUGGCAACCAUAAAGCAAAGAUAAAGGACAUCACGGCGCAGCACACUAAAGAAUGGUCGGAGCUGAUCAGCAGCCACAGCAGUGAGGAGCAGGAGGUGAAGGACAGCCAUGUGACCCAGCAGUGUGAGCAGCUCAAGAAGCUCCUAACAUCCGUCCAGGAGCAGCAGACCAUACAGCUCAAAGUCAUCCAUGAAAGGCAGAGCAAAGAAAUGCGUGCUAACCAAGCUAAGACGUCCAUGGAAAACAGUAAAGCCAUCAGCCAGGACAAGACCAUCAAAAACAAGGCGGAGCGAGAGAGGAGAGUGCGAGAGUUGAACAGCAGCAACACCAAGAAGUUCCUGGAUGAGAGGAAGAGGCUGGCCAUGAAGCAUCAGAAGGAGAUGGAGCAGCUGGAGAAAAAUCAGAGAGAGCAGCUGGAGAAACUGGAGAAGCACAACGAGCAGCUUUUGAAAUCACAUCAUGCAAACAAACAGGUUCAAGGCCAAGGACAUCCAGCAGAUGGUGAAGUUGGAGGAGGAGAUGGACCGCAGACCUGCCACGGUGGUCUGAGCAACUGAGACCGAGUCACAACCCCAGACACAUCACACAGGUGCAGAAACAGGAAAACAUGCCAGCCUCACUGUCCGACCAGUACUCUACCUAAGUUUCACACCGAAGCCCCGCCUCCUUCUCCUUUGUUGUGCUUCGUGUCUCCUGCACUUUUACCCCACCUCCCACCGUCAGACAACUGAGCCAUUGCUGCGUAUCGAUGUUUCACCUGGGGCUGAACCACUGACGGGGACAGGAAGCGUUACCUCAUAGACAACGAAACCCAACACUCUUCUGCUGUACGUAGAUCUUCAUCGUCAUCAUCUGCAUUUUAAAGACAAUAAAAGCUUCAGCUGUUGGUGGAAACAAGCACACUCAUUCAUCUGAUAAAUCGCCUUCUUAUUUUUGUAUCCGAUAAACUCACAGACGCAGCAUAAGAGUAGACUUGUUGUCACUUCAGCACAAAGGAGUACACUUUAUGAAACACACUGAACACAACAGUCCUGUCCUGAGCACGCACUUUGUGAUAGGUCGUCAAGAGGUACGGGAAAUGUAGCAGUGCACUACUAGAUCUGUUUUAAUCAAAAAUGUAUGAAAAACCACGGAAGCUACUUAAUGACGGAGUGGGAACCCCUGUUCAACAUCAGCAUUAGCUUCAGUGAAACUCUAAAAGAAUCUCCGCUAACGUUACAUGUCCUUGUUUUUUGACUCGUUUCUUUAUGGCAUUGUGUUUUCUUUUUGUUUUAACCAAACGUCCAAGAGAUGG